AGGCAGUUUACGUCAGUUCGACAAGAAUGAGAAUUUUCAACCUUACCUUUUUGUCACUUACCAUCUUAGUGAUUCUCUCUGCUGUGGACGUUGGUGAAUGCUCAAUCCUUGAACAAAUAAGAAGAAGACCAGGAGUGCUCAGCAAAUUGCCGAAGAUCCCCAUUGACAAGUACAUGUGUAGACUUAAACCUGCUGGAUUUAGUACAUUUAGACAUGUUUGAAAUUAUUUCCGGUGAAAUAAAAGAAAAGCUGUG